AUGUCAGUGGGUGCGACCAACGACACGGCGCUGCCCUUCACGGCGCUGCCCUUCAUGACGCUGCCGCUGCCACCACUCGUCCGACAACUACAGCACUCUCUGGUCGCCGCCUUCGCCGGCUGGCAUACUUGGCAGUAUGUAGUGACGGUCAUCUUGGGCGUCAUCGCGUAUGAUCAGUUCAUGUACAUCAAGCAAAAAGGCUCCAUCGCUGGCCCAACUUUCAAAAUUCCCCUCAUGGGACCCUUUAUCCAGGCACUGCACCCCAAAUUUGAGUCCUAUCUCGCACAGUGGGCGAGUGGCCCUCUAAGCUGUGUAUCCGUCUUUCACAAAUUCGUCGUCCUCGUCUCCGACCGCGACCUGGCGCACAAGGUCUUCAAGUCGCCUGCGUAUGCUGAGCCCUGCAUCGUGCCCAUCGCAAAGGAUCUCCUCGGCCACAAGGCCUGGGUCUUUUUGCAGGGCAGAGCACACGCCGAGUACCGUCGAGGACUCACUCCCCUCUUCACCAACAAGGCCAUUUCCACAUAUCUCCCGGUGCAGGAAAAGGUCUUUGCCGACUAUUUCGACAAGUUUCUCGCCGAGACUGCCGCCAAAAAUGGGAAGCCGUUCCCGUUCAUGGGGUGGUUCCGCGAGAUCAACUGCGCGCUGUCGUGCCGCACAUUCUUUGGCGACUACAUCUCCCAGGAAGCCGUCAAGAAGAUUGCCGACGACUUUUACCGCGUCACAGAGGCCAUGGAGCUUGUCAACGUCCCCUUGUCCAUGUACAUCCCGUACAGCAAGCAGUGGCUGGGCAAGCGCAUCGCCGACGAGGUGCACCGCGAGUUUGCCAAGUGCGCAGCUGCCUGCAAGUCCAAAAUGUCCAUCGGCGCGACGCCGACUUGCAUCGUCGACCAAUGGGUGCUGCACAUGAUGGAGUCGGAGCAGUACCGCCAGCGGGUGGCCGCUGGUGAGACCAACCUUGAGAAGCCAAGCAACAUGAUUCGCGAGUUCACCAACGAAGAGAUUUCCGAGACGCUCUUCACUUUUCUCUUCGCCUCCCAGGAUGCCUCGAGCAGCGCCACGACCUGGCUUUUUCAAAUUCUGGCCCAGAGACCCGACAUUCUCGACCGCAUUCGCGAGGAGAACCUUGCUGCCCGGGGCGGCGACAGGAACAAGCCGUAUGACCUGCCCAUGCUGGAAUCGCUCACGUACACCAACGCCGUCAUCAAGGAGCUCCUCCGCCACCGCCCCCCCGUCAUCUUUGUGCCGUACCUGACGACCAAGAGCUUCCCCGUCACCCCGAAUUACACGGCGCCGAAAGGCUCCAUGAUCAUCCCGUCCUGCUACCCAGCGCUGCACGACCCCGAGGCCUACCCGGAGCCCAACAUUUUCGACCCCGAGCGCUGGAUCACGGGCGACGCCGAGAGCAGGACCAAGAACUGGCUCGUUUUUGGCGCCGGCCCCCACGACUGCCUCGCGAGGCGAUAUGUGCCGCUGUACAUGGCGGCCAUGAUUGGAAAAGCGUCGCUGGAGCUGGACUGGGUACAUCACGCGACGGACAAGUCGGAAGAAAUCCGUGUGUUUGCCUGUCUGUUUCCAAUGGAUGCGUGCCCGCUCGUCUUUACGAAGCGGCCAUGA